AUGGCAGCAUCAUUUUCCUAUGCGCAAGCCGCCAAGGGCAUCGUAUCGAACACUACUUCCACCUCUCAAUCCAGCAAGACGCCUUCCGGCACGACUACGCCGGCCGUUGCUUCGGAGCCUAAUGGCUUAAACUGGGCUGAGGACGGCGAGACUGAUGACCAUGCGGCCGAGAACAACGCAGAGGAUGCAAACAAGACGGAGGAAGCUGCUGCUAACGAUGCUCCAUCCUCGUCCCAAAAGCCGGCAGCGAACGCGCAGCCAAACGGCGAUUCCGGAACUUCGUCGCCCAGUGUGGGCGCAUCAUCAUCUUCCGUGACGACCAAGGAGGACGACAGCUCUUCGGUCCCUAACGCUUCCUCUGAUUCCACUUGGGACAGCAAGUCACAGGCAUCGAAUGCGGCCGAAAAGUCCAACGAACAGUCUGGUGCGUCCGAGAAGGGCAAAGGCAAGGAGAAGAAGAAAGAGAAGGAGAAGCCACCAGUUGUUCUUCAGGAAGCCCCUCUCCCCGCAGUGAACAUCUGGAAGCAGAGAGCGGAGGCCCAGGCUAAGACUACACCGGCUCCCAAGCCUGCUGCUUCUACCCCCAAGCCUGCCCAGACGGGUGCGACCAAGGCUUCUACUGACAAGGCGGCUGAGCCCGCCAAGGCCGAUGCCAGGCGGAAGAGCAAGGUGAUUGAUGAAAGCGAAGUGUCCAAAGUGGGUGGAAAACCCCAGGGAGAUAAGCCGCGCCGGGCUGCGCAGCCCACUACUGCCGCACAACCUCCACCUGUGAAGGACCAGGAAUCCUGGCCCACUCCUGAAGAUGUUCUGAAUGAGGACCAAAGGAAAGCCCAAGAGAAGACCGACAAGCCCGAGAAGGAUCGCGUGGUCGCAGCUCCCAAGUCGCAUGGCAAGAACGAAUGGGUUUCGAUGCCAUAUACUCCGUCUGUUGUUUUCAACACCCCCUUGCCCAACACGAAUCCAAGGAGAGGAGGUCGUGGCGGCAGCCGUGGCGGUGCCGCGGUGGGAGGCCGGCCUACCCCCAACGGUGCUAGCAACGGUGUGGCUACGGAAAGAGACUUUGUCAACGGAGAACAACCCAGACGUGGUAGGGCUGACGGUGGUUCCGCUCAAGAGGCGUCUGGCAAGGUGAAGAGGACCGCCAGCGCCAACUCCCAGGCCCCGGCCGGUGGUGAAGCCCAGCGUAACGAUGCGAGUGUGCAGACAGUUCGGUCUUCGAACGCUGACAAUGCCUCUGGCCUCUCUGGCUCUCAAACCGCGCCUCGUAACAACGCCCCUCGCCAGAAGGGCAACAGGAAGUUCGAUCAAGCGGCUUCCGAGAAGCGCAACGACGACUCCGUGUCUCCAUCCGAUUUGUUGCCCAAUGGUGCGGGUUCAUCAGAGCAAGGUCGCAGGAGGUCAUUCUCUCAAGGUGAUGGCCAACAAAUGCCGUCGCGUGGUGCUGAGCGCCGUGCCGGCCAGUUUGGUUCCAUUUCUGGCCGAGAAAGAGGUGAAAACCGCGGUCGUGGAAACAUGCGUGGAGGCCGUAACGGUGCUCAUGGCUACCAGAAUGGCCACCACGCUAGCUAUCCUAACGCUCAUUCCUUCGGUCUUCCACGCUCGCCUACCGGCUACAGCGCGGAGUUCUUUGGACAGGGCUCGCAGCAGCAGCGUGGCUACCGCGGCAACAACGCUCGCUCGCAGUCGAUGCAGGCCGAUACCAUGUUUGGCCGUCCUCCUGCCGGCUACCCUGGCGCCCCGGGAAUGAACCCACUGCAGACAUACGGCCUUUACGAUUACUCGAUGCAGCACCCUAUGAGUGCAGUGCCUUUCAACUACCAGAUGGACCCGUACCAAAUCGCGCAAACUGUUCUGAUGCAACUCGAAUAUUAUUUCUCUGUGGACAACCUGUGCAAGGACAUGUACCUGCGCAAGCACAUGGAUUCUCAGGGUUUCGUUUUCUUGACCUUCAUCGCCGAUUUCAACCGCGUGAAGCAGUUGACCACCGAACUUGAUCUCAUCAGAUAUGCCUGCUGUUUGUCAAAGACUAUCGACUACAGAGUCGGCGCGGAUGGCAAAGAUAGGCUGAGGAAGCGCGAGGGCUGGGAGCAAUGGGUCCUGGCUAUGAACGACCGUGAUGCCUCUGCGCAGAAUGAGGGACCUGAAGAGGUCAACCAACCCCAGAUGCCUCAGGUUCAGGCGGCGCGUUUCCCGGGCUUCCCUGGCGGUAUGCCCGUGAGCCCUCCGUCGGAGGCUUUCCAGCCUCUCAACGGCAUGGUGCAAGGAGCUUCGCCCGUCAACGGCGGUCCUGUCGGAUCUGAUCUCCCCAAUGGCGGCGCCUAUCCCGAGACGAGCCAGCUUCCUUCGAUGAACGUGGGCGCAGUGCCAUCGUUUGCUCCCGCUGCGGCGUCCAACGGCAUGAACCCCGAGGCGGACACGUUCUCCGAUGCGCAGACGAAGGGAUUGACCGUUAUCGUCCGCAAGCGCGACCAGGCAACUGAGAAGCAGCCACCCUUCCACACGGACGCCUCGCGCACCUUUUCUGACGGCGAAGUCGAUGGCAAAUCAAUUGCCAAGGAAUUGCAAAAGACCGACACCAAGCAGGCUGAGGCUCAGACUAACGGUCACGGCCCAGUCGAAGCGAAUGAGGUUCGGAAGUCUGACGUCCUCACGAGAUCAUUAACUCCUGCUACACCUGGAAAUUCCACAAUGCGGCUAUAUUGGGUCAAGGGUCAGGAGAGUCCUGUUGAAUCCGAAUCCUUGCCCCAGGACUCCAAAAUCGUGCUUUACAACGAACUAUACAGAACAGCUCUCGUUCGACGAGAUGCCGCUGCUGUUGGAAAAUGCCCGUACGACAUGGAUGUUCUCUUCCAAUUCUGGUCUCACUUUCUUAUUCGGAACUUCAACACACACAUGUACGAUGACUUUCGUCGGCUGGCCCUCGAGGAUUACGCGCACCGCGCGUCCGACGUAGGCCUGAAGAGCCUCAUCAAGUUCUACGGCGAGGCGCUCUCUAGUCAAACCGUUGUCAUUCGAGAGCGCGUUGCGCAGCAUUACGUGGAUUUGAUCAAGUCCGAAAGCUCCGAGGAGAACAAACCCGCCUUCAACCAGCUCCAAGCAGCCUGGCGAAACCGGAAACUGAACUUGAAGAACCGCAAGAAAAUCAGCGCUUUCAUCGAUGAAGAGCUCAAAAAUUCCCUGGAUUCACAGUAA